AUGGUGCUGGUGGUGCAGCAUCUCCUCACCGCCCUCGUUCAAUUUUUCAGACGGGGCCAGCAGGUCUUCUUGAAGGUGGAGGACGCCGUGCCCGGCUCCGAGGCGCUACAGGACGCGCUGCUCAGCCUGGGCGCUGCGCUGGACGGUGCCAGCCUGCGCCAGGCCCUGCGCGAUGCCCUCGUCGCCGUGCUGCCCCGAGUGGAGCACGUCUACGUCUACCUGCUGGAGGGCGAAACGCGGCUGACGUGCCACGACCCCCCCCACGAGCUGCCGCCCGAGGGCAAGCUCAGAGAUGCGGUGCGGAGGCAGAAGCGGCUCGAAUGCGGGGGGCUGCUGCCUGCCGAGCUGCCGGGGCAGCAGCUGGGGCCCCUGGCAGCGCCCCUGGCCCCCGGCACGCAAGUGCUCGCCGUGCCGCUGGUGGACAAGGACAGCGGGGCCGUGGUGUGCGUCAUCCUGGUGCACUGCGGCCCCCUGAGCGAGGCGGACGAGCAGAACCUGCGCGCGCUGGAGAGACACACCCUCGUGGCGUACGGGCGGGUGCAGGCCCUGCAGAAGCUGCAGCCCUGGCCCCGGGUCAGCCUCUCCACCAGCUCCUCCCAGACCUCCCUGGCCAAGCCCGAGACGGCGGCCACCAGCGGCUACAGCGAGCUGGACCGCAAGAUCCUGCAGCUCUGCGGUGAGCUGUACGACCUGGAUGCCGCCUCGCUCCAGCUCAAGGUCAUCAACUACCUGAAGCAGGAGACCCAGUCGCUGUGCUGCUGCCUGCUGCUCGUCUCCGAGGACAACCACCAGCUCUUCUGCCAGGUGGUGGGCGACCGCGUCCUCGAGGAGGAGAUCAGCUUUUCCCUCACCUUCGGGCGCCUGGGGCAGGUCGUGGAGGACAAGAAGCCCAUCACCCUGCAGGACAUCAGCGUGGAGGAGCACAAGCAGCUGAACAACAUGCUGGGCUUCGAGGUCACCUCCAUGCUCUGCGUCCCUGUCACCAGCCGGGCCACUGCGCAGGUGGUGGCCCUGGCCUGCGCCUUCAACAAGCUGGGUGGCGAGAGCUACACGGAGGCAGACGAGCACAAGAUCCAGCACUGCUUCUGCUACACCUCCACGGUGCUCACCAGCACGCUGGCCUUCCAGAAGGAGCAGAAGCUCAAGUGUGAGUGCCAGGCCCUGCUGCAGGUGGCGAAGAACCUGUUCACGCACUUGGACGAUGUGUCCGUUCUGCUCCAGGAGAUCAUCACAGAAGCCCGAAACCUCAGCAAUGCUGAGAUAUGCUCUGUGUUCCUGCUGGACCGGCUCAGCCAUGAGCUCGUGGCCAAGGUGUUUGAUGGUGGUGUGGUGGACGAUGAGAGCUAUGAGAUCCGCAUCCCCGCAGACCAGGGCAUCGCCGGGCAUGUGGCCACCACCGGCAAGAUCCUUAACAUCAAGGAUGCCUACUCCCACCCGCUCUUCUACCGUGGUGUGGACGACAGCACUGGCUUUCGCACCAGGAAUAUCCUCUGCUUCCCCAUCAAGGAUGAGAACCAGGAGGUCAUUGGCGUUGCAGAGCUGGUCAACAAGAUCAAUGGACCCUGGUUCAGCAAGUUUGAUGAGGAUCUGGCCACUGCUUUCUCCAUCUACUGUGGUAUCAGCAUUGCCCACUCCCUCCUCUACAAGAAGGUGAAUGAGGCGCAGUACCGCAGCCACUUGGCCAAUGAGAUGAUGAUGUAUCACAUGAAGGUCUCCGAUGAUGAAUACACCAAACUACUCAGCGAGGGCAUCCAGCCCGUGUCAGCCAUUGACCCCAACUUCGACAGCUUCACCUACACGCCACGCUCGCUCCCCGAGGACGACACCUCCAUGGCCAUCCUGAGCAUGCUGCAGGACAUGAACUUCAUCAACACCUACAAGAUGGACCGCCAGACGCUCACCCGGUUCUGCCUGAUGGUGAAGAAGGGCUACCGCGACCCACCAUACCACAACUGGAUGCACGCCUUCUCCGUCUCCCACUUCUGCUACCUGCUCUACAAGAACCUCGAGCUGGUCAACUACCUGGAAGACAUCGAGAUCUUUGCCCUCUUCAUCUCCUGCAUGUGCCAUGACCUGGACCACAGAGGCACCAACAACUCCUUCCAGGUGGCUUCGAAAUCCGUCCUGGCAGCGCUGUACAGCUCAGAGGGCUCCGUCAUGGAGAGGCACCACUUCGCCCAGGCCAUCGCCAUCCUCAACAGCCAGGGCUGCAACAUCUUCGACCACUUCUCCCGCAAGGACUACCAGCGCAUGCUGGACCUCAUGAGGGACAUCAUCCUGGCCACGGACCUGGCCCACCACCUGCGGAUCUUCAAGGACCUCCAGAAGAUGGCAGAAGUCGGCUACGACCCCAAGAACAAGCAGCACCACAGCCUGCUGCUGUGCCUGCUCAUGACGUCCUGCGACCUCUCGGACCAGACCAAGGGCUGGAAGACCACCAGGAAGAUCGCGGAGCUCAUCUACAAGGAGUUCUUCUCCCAGGGAGAUCUGGAGAAGGCCAUGGGCAACCGCCCGCUGGAGAUGAUGGACCGGGAGAAAGCCUACAUCCCCGAGCUGCAGAUCAGCUUCAUGGAGCACAUCGCGAUGCCCAUCUACAAGCUGCUGCAGGACCUCUUCCCCAAGGCCGCCGAGCUCUACGAGAGGGUGGCCAGCAACCGGGAGCAGUGGACCAAGGUGUCCCACAAGUUCACCAUCCGCGGCUUGCCCAGCAACAACUCCCUGGACUUCCUGGACGAGGAGUACGAGCCGCAGGGCCCCGGCGGCGCGGGCGCCCAGCUGAACGGCUGCCUGGACGCCGAGGGGCUCCCCGAGUCGGGGGCCGAGUGAGGGCGGCGGCGGGGGGGCGAAGCGGAGCCCCAGCCCCGACCCUGCCGCUCCCCCCCCCCGCCCCCUUCUCCCUUUUUUUUUAUUUCUUUUCCUCCCGCUCCGGCGCGGUGCAACCCGAUCCGGGCGGCAGCGGCUCUCUCCGGACUGCUUCUCGCCCCGGGCGCAGCCGCCGGCUCGUCCCCCGCCGGCAGAGCUGCAGGCGUCGCCCGCCCCGAGGCAGCCGGGUGCCCUCGCUCUGCGCCGAGGUGGAGACCCCCAACCCCUCGGUGCCCUCGGACCGCCCCGGGGACGAAGUUACGGCUUCGGUGCAGCCAGGAGGGUGAAGGGGCAGAGGAAGGGCAGGACCGGGACUGGAGAAGCAGGAUGAGUCUGGCCAGAGGAUGCAAGAAGGCACCUGGGGCCACCCAAGACGUCUGUCCCUUGGGCUCGUCCCCAAGCCGUGGGGCACAACGCUGCGUGGGCAGUGGGCUGCCGCUCUGCACCCCCUGGGGACUGUUCUGGGGGGACGCCCAGGACUAGGGUCCACAGCGGGUCCCGUCCCCGCCAGCUCCCAGACUUUGCCAGCCACCCGCGGUCCUGCUGGCCCCACUGACCGCCAUGCAUGGAUGCCACCACCCUCUCGUAUCCCUCUGGCCCUACUGACCACCGUGCAGAGACCCCACUGGCUGCCCGCGGUCCCAACAGCCCCGCUGACCACCAGGCAUGGACCCCACCAGCCACCUGCGGUGCUGCCAGCCCCACCAACCAUCGUACAUGGACCUGAUGGCCACAUGUGGUUCUACCAGCCCCACCGACCGCCAUACAUGGACCCUGAUGGCCAUGCAUGGUUCAGCCAUCCCCACUACCCACCAGGCAUUGAUCCUACUGGCCACCCACAGUCCCUCUGACCGUCUUGAUGGUCAUGCAUGGGUCCCACCAGCCGCUCACAUCCCUCCAGCUCUACUGACUACCAUGCACAGACCCUGCCAGCUGUCCGCAGUCCCUCCAGCCCUACUUACUGCUGUGCAAGGAUCCCACAGCCACCUGUUGUCCCUCUGGCCCUCUUGAUCACCACACAAAGACCUGGCCAGCUGCUUGUGUCCCUCUAGUCCCACCAACCACCACGCAUGGACCCUGAUGGUUGUCACCAGUCCCUCCAGCCCCACCGAAUACCAUGCAUGGACUCUGAUGGCUGCCGCCUGUCCCUCCACUCCCACCGACCAUCACACGUGGACCUGACAGCUGCCAGCAGUCCCUCCAGUCCCACCAACCACCACACAUGGACCCUGAUGGCUACCAGCAGUCUUUCUGACCCCAUCAACCACCAUACAUUGACCCUGGGAGCUGCCAACAGUUUCUCCGGCCCCACCAGUCACCACAUAUGGACCCUGACAGCUGCCCAACAGUUCCUGCAGCCCCACGGACCGCCAUGCAUGGGCCCCGACAGCUGCCAGUAGUCCCUCCAGCCCCUACUGACCAUCACACAUGGACCCUGAUGGCUGCCCAUGGACCCUCCAACCCCAUGACCACUGUGCAGUCCCUCCAGUCCCACCAAUCACCACACAUGAACCCUGACAGCCAGCUGCGGUCCCUCCAGCCCCACCAACCACCAUGCAUGCACCCUGGCAGCUGCCCACAGUCUCUCCAGCCCCUCUAACCACCACACAUGAACUGUGAUGGCUGCCCGUGGUUCCUGCAGUCCCACUGACCACCACACAUGGACCCUGACAGCUGCCUACAGUCCCUGCAGUCCCACUGACCAUCACACAUGGACCCUGAUGGCUGCCAUGAGUCCCUCCAGCCCCUACUGACCAUCACGCAUGGACCUCAAUAGCUGCCUGUGGUCCCUCCAGCCCCAUGACUAUCGUGCAUGGACCCCACCAGCUGCCCACGGUCCCGCCAGCCCUGGGGCUCUGCUGAGGGCAUCACAGCAAGCAGCCCUUGGGCCCCCUUGAGCCAUAUGCAUGGCACCAUCUGAAAUCAUAGGUCUGCACGACCAAAGCCGCCUGAGAUGGCUUUGAUGAGAUGGCCAAAGCCACCUGAGAUCCCCGUGGGGUUGUGGUGGGGCCCUGCGCAGGACAAGGCCCCGCAAGCAGCUCAGUGUAGCCGGGUUUACCGAAACGGAGCCGAGGAAGAGGGCCGGUGCUGAGCUCCACGGCAGCGCCGGGAGCAAGGUCGCCGCCGGGGCGCUCCGAAACCGGCCGCGAAGCGUGAAAGCGCCGGGCAAGGCGAUCGUCACGGCAGAAACGUGUCAAAGCGCUGCUUCCCGGGGUGGGUCGUCCCCCCCACCCCGGAUUGGGGCUGCGGAGAGGGGGGCGCUCCCUCUCUCCUUUCCCUCUUUAAGCCACAAGCUGUGCGUGUCCCGCAGCGUGUCCUGGCGCCCGCCCGUGCGCGUGCGGAAGCAGCGGGAGGCUCCAAAGCCGAGAUGCUAACUGGGGAACAAACCAAACUGUUUGCAUUUUGCCUUACCUACUCUGAGUUGCCUUUAGAGAGAGACGCUUCGCCCAAGCCCCCGGCCGGACCCCGCGUCGCUGCCCGCUGCGCGCCCCGGCGGCGGCUUCUCCCCGCGUUCCCCAAGCCCCGGGAGCCAGGAGGAGAAGGACGGCAGGUCUGGAAGGCAGAACCCCCCCCGACCCCAAUAGGAAAAAGCCAGUGAAGACCAACCCGGUGGACUACCCCCCCGCGCCCGCUCCCCACGCUCCGGAGCGGCUCCGGCUUUCCCGGCACGCCGCGGGAGCGUGCAGGGAUGGGUGCAGCGUUCCCGCGGCGCUUCCCGGCGUUCGGCGCCCGGGCAGGUUUGCGGGCAGGUGCAUUUUGCUUCCCUCUCCCGUGCCCCUGUACAUAUCCCCUGGAGACACCGCAGAGCGCCUGGAGCCGCCGGGACGGAUGCGCCCGGCGGGCGGUGCGGACGGGCGCCGCCUUUCCCGGCUUUUCCGCCUCCGCUUCCCGUGGCGCUGGUUGUUGGCUUCCUGCCUUCCCCCCGGCGCUGCGGAGGGGGAGCCUGGCGGGAACACGAUGGUUUUCUUUUUUUGUUGUUGUUCGAUUUGGGUUUUCCUAAUAAAUUUCGUACGUGGA